GACUGGUGGCACCCGAAUUUCUUCAGGGAGUCUGCAGUGUACUUAUUUGUCCUACACCCAGAAAUAGGUGUGACUUGUAAUUGACUAACGCAUGGCUACCAACUCUUCCUCCCAUAGCCCUCGCACCGUCGAGGAGAUCUUCAAAGACUUCUCCGCCCGUCACGCCGCCGUCCUCCGUGCCCUCACUACAGAUGUGGAGGAUUUUUACUCACAGUGCGAUCCAGAGAGAGACAAUUUGUGUUUGUAUGGACAUCCGAAUGAGUCUUGGGAAGUUGCUGUUCCGGCCGAGGAAGUUCCGCCGGAGUUACCGGAGCCGGUGUUAGGUAUCAAUUUUGCUAGGGAUGGGAUGGAGCGUAGAGACUGGUUGUCUUUGGUUGCUAUGCACACAGAUUCGUGGCUGCUCUCUGUCGCUUUCUACUUUGGUGCUCGCUUAAACAGAAAUGAAAGGAGUCGUGUGUUUACCCUGAUAAAUGAUCUACCAACUGUCUUUGAAGCCGUGACAGGGAGGAAGCCUUUAAAGGACAAACCUAGUGUUGAUAGUGGAAAGAAAUCAAAGAACAAUGCAAAGAGAGAAAAACAAAUGAAAGCAAAUCAAAGGCUGCAAGAGGAGAGUGAUGAUGAGGAUGAAGGGAAUGAAGAUGAGCAUGAAGAAACUCUAUGUGGAAGUUGUGGAACAAAUGGCAAUGAGGAUGAGUUCUGGAUUGGCUGUGAUAUAUGUGAAAAGUGGUAUCAUGGCAAGUGUGUGAAAAUAACUCCUGCAAAGGCUCAAAGUAUCAAGGAAUACAGAUGUCCUUCAUGCAGCAAUAAAAGGGCAAAACAUAUGGCUUGAGUUAAUAGCUUUAGGAAGAGUUGAGUUCAUGUUAGCAUAACCUGAAGAUUCCUUAAAUCUGCAGAUGAACCCCCUGACCUGCACAACUCCCAUUCUGCAGCCCCUUACUCUGUCUUUAAUUUAUACUUUUGUUUCUUUUCUCAGAAGUUAUUUCUGUUUGUCGUUAGUUUACAGAUGUAGCUUUAUAUCAGGAGGGAUAAAAUCAAGUUCCUUGUAACUGUUGGCAUGUUCAGUUCCUUUUCGUAUAACUCUAUUAAAAACUGCUGCUUUCUUU